CUUUUUCAACUCUUCUUCUUCGUUCCAUCUUCUUUCUCUCUUCAUGCAAAACCAUACAAACUAACAAAUAAACAAAAAAAAAAUUGAGAUAAUUAAAAAAAGAUUCUCGAAACACAAAGAGACAAAAAUGAGUGAUGGUCGAGUCAACGCAGAUCAACAACAACAGCAACAACAAAACCUGGUCAACCCACCGGUCAAGAGAUCUCUCAGCCUCCUCAUCGUCACUUACGCUUGUCUCUUCGUUGGCUCGAUAGCCUCGAGCCUCCUUGCGAAAUACUACUUCGUCCACGGUGGCUCGAGCCGGUGGGUCUCCACGUGGGUCCAAUCAGCUGGCUUCCCUCUCCUCCUCUUCCUUAUCUACUUCCCUCACUUCGUCUUCAAAACAACCACGCGCCGUCCUUUCACGCGUUUCACGCGCCGCCAUCUCGUCUUCUCCGUCUUGAUCGGGUUCGUCCUCGGCUUCAACAACUUCCUCUUCUCUUGGGGAACCUCGUACCUUCCUGUGUCCACGUCAUCGCUUCUCCUCUCGACACAGCUCAUUUUCACUCUCCUCUUGUCCGUAAUCAUUGUGAAACAGAAAGUCACCUUCUCGAAUCUCAACUGUGUUGUUCUUUUAACGCUAAGCUCUGUUUUACUAGCCCUCGGUUCGAGUCAAGAUAAACCGGCCGGUUUAACUAAAACCAAAUAUUUCAUCGGGUUUUUAUCCACGAUCGGAGCCGGUUUACUCUUCGCGCUUUACCUCCCCGUGACGGAGAGGCUUUACCGGAGCGUUUACUGCUACGCGAUGGUCAUGGAGAUGCAGUUGGUGAUGGAAUUUGCCGCGACGGUUUUCGCAACGAUCGGUAUGGCUUUUGACGGCGGGUUUAAUGAAAUGGUUAAAGAAGCGAACCGGGUUUUCUCCAAAGGACCGACGGUUUUCUGGACCGUAGCGAUUUUAGCGAAUGUGGUGACGUGGCAGCUCUGUUUCGCCGCCACGUCAGGGAUGGUUUAUUUGACGUCUGGGAUCACCGGAGGGAUCUGUAUGACGGCGUUGCUAGCGAUGAAUGUGAUCGGAGGUGUGGUGGUUUACGGCGAUGAAUUCGGUGGAGUGAAGAUUGUGUCGACGGUGCUCUGUAUUUGGGGAUUCUCGUCGUACGUGUACGGGAUUUACGUGAAGAUGAAGAAGGAUGAGAAGAAGAAGCAGAUGGAGGAGAAAGAGAAGGGAGAAUACUCCGGUGUAAAGACGGCGGAAGACGGCGGAGAUGAGGGAGUGUUGGAGGUGGAAAUGGGUAAGGUUAAAGAUGACGUGGCGACGGCGGAUGAUAGGGUUUGAUGAUAUCUUUGUGAUUGAGAUGGCCGUUAUGAUUAUCAUUAGGAACCCAAAACAAAAGUUAUUAUCUUUUUUGUGUUCUUUCUUUUUCUCACCUUUUUUUUUCUCAAGUAAUGCAUCUGCUUUUUAUUUUAUAGGUCGUUAUGUUUUUCCUUUUUUUAGUUAUUUUUAUGAAUUAUCUAUCAAUGGACUUUGGACUAAACC